UGUGACGUCAACAUGCUAGGUUGCUGCAUGUUAGCGUUACUAACGUUUGUUUCGCCAUAUUCGAAUAUUGCUCAUGAUUGAGUGCUGUCCUUCAAACAAUGUUUGGAUGUGUGAGGUGGCGAAUGAUAAAAGGAAAAGAAAAAAGCGAAAAGAAAGUAACCUUUGGAAAAGUCUUCCGUGUGGGAAGUUGUCAUGUGGUGUGAUGACCUCAUUGGCAUUUUAGCACGGCUGUGACGUCACUCCCAGCGCCGACUUCCGAGGAAAAUGGAACGCAGCAUAAGUACAGCCUCUCAUGUAGGGCACUUGUCGUCUUCUCGUGUCCUCACUUCCUUGCUGCCUUCCUCCCUUUCCUCGUGCUUGCUCCACUUUGUGUUGAUGGAAACUAACUUCUUCUUCCAUCGCUAGCUUGGCAGUCAGGUUCAGCGUUUCGACCCCGGUGUCUUCCUCGCGGCGAGCGUGAGGUUCAGCGAUGUGGCUGCAGGCAACCCAGUCUGAAGGGGGAGAGGUUAGGGGUCAGCUGUGGGCAUCCAGCUGAGCCUCGUUUGCAACGUUCCUCCUCUCGCUGGCAUCGCAACACCGUGGCCCCGCUGGAGGGGAGGAAGGCGGAGAAAAGUGGAGGAAGUCGACAAAUAUCUCACUUUUUUACAGCCGAGUGUUCUGCUGAGGUCGACGCACCCUGAGACUGCUCUGACAGGCGGCGAGCGCCGCUAGCGGAAUGUCCUCAGCCCUCGUGGCCACGAAGAAAACUUUGAGAUGAACCAGUGGAGCUCAGUCAGUAUCCUGUCUGAGGUCACGUCCACAAGGUCACAGCUACGCAGGAGACAUCCCACCAGGGUCAUUUGUCAAGGUCACCACAGGACAUGACUCACAUGACACGAGCAUGCCAUCUUUGUUCACCGGUUGGCCCAAAAGUUCUCUCACAUACUUCCUUUGACCACAAAGUGAAAGUAGGUGGCAUCAACAUGUGAUGUCUGUUUCCAUGACAACAUCCCACUUCCUCCCAAGCGUCACAUGACAAGGGUUCUUCGUUCCAGGACUUUCCCGGCGCGUUCGGCGCUGGAAUGGCAGCAUAGAAGAUGACCUACCAGAGGGACGACGAAGCCGCUGCUCGGUGAGGCCUCUCCACACAUCAGAAGUGUCGUCUCUGCAGGGAGUGGUAGUUUGAUCGAUGGCGAGUGUAUUUACGCCGCUGGCUUACAAAAUGGCUGACUGUUUCCAUGGAGACAGCCGCUGCAGCAUCAGCAGCAAGGACAUGGAUUACUCCUGGCUGCGGUCAGAGGGAAGACGAGAACACAGAGAAGAGGAAGAUGACGGGUGCUGCGAUGAGGAGGAAGUUGAGGCAGCUCGACGACUGUUGUUGAUGCAAUUAUUCCCAUCCUAUCUUUUCUGUCUUUCUUUCUCUGCUCUCUGUCCUUCUCGUCAGUCUCUCUAUCACUUGUCGAGGCAGACAGCCACCCCCCACUGAGGGCGUACUGACAUUUGUACCAUGCUGGUACCAUGCUGUGCUACUCUCAGCACUUUUAGAUGUUUCGUCCUAGGAGGGAGUUUUUCCUUGCCUCUGUCGCUAACGUGGUUGCUGAACUUGGCAUGACAUGUUGUUAGUUAGCGCUUGAGACUUGAGGGGCAUCCAAACUCCUAACAAUUAGUCCAAACUUCCGUAAGUAAAUGUACUUAAACGGUUCUGAUUGGGUCCACAAAUCCUAAAACUGAUCAGGAAGUAGUUCUUUGUUCCCAUUGGGAGGCUGUAGUGCACUAGCAGCACUGUGCACGUACGUGCUUGAGCACAGAGAGUGAGACAGAUGAGCAUGCGCGCCCCCGCUGCGUCCCCUGCAGGCACCACAUGCGUGCGCGCCCCCGCAACUCACUGCGAGAUGAGGAUAAGGAAGAGCACGCCAGGGAGCUAAACCUUCUUCUUCUUCUUCUUCUUCGUCUUCUUCUGCUGCUGCUGCUGCAGUGUCUGAUUCUACCAUCUUCAUCAUCAUUAUCCUCCUCCUUCCUCUCCUCCCCCCACUGUGUCUGUCUGGCUCCCCCCUCCCUCUCCUCCCUUCUCCCUCCUCCCCUCCCUCCAGUGAAGGCAUGGGCAGAUAGCGCGACAAAAGGGAGAGAGAGCAGAUAGAGAGACACAAGAGGACACAUUCUCCAUCACGGAGUAGAAGAAGAAGCACGGAGGAGAGAGUCGCCAUCGUCGCUAUUCCAAACAUGAGGAGGAUGACUUUCUGAAGUUGCCCGCCAUCCACACUCUCCAAACCUUCUCAUCCAGGUCAAGGUGGGCCAACCAGAUGGAGGUGAAUGCAACAGAGAAACGCCAUCGAACACGAUCCAAAGGAGUGCGAGCUGUCGUGGAGGCCGUGACACAGGAGUUAUUCAGCUGUCCAACGGCGGGUUGUGACGGUUCCGGACACGUCAGCGGCAAGUACGCCCGACACCGCAGUGUGUACGGCUGCCCGCUGGCCAGAAAGAGGAAGGUUCUGGAAAGACAGCCGCUGGAGCCUCCUGCCAAGAGGAGGCCCUUCAUCGCCUCCUGCCCUGCUGAUGAGGAGGAGGAAGAGGCCUCCUCAUACCCCAACUAUGAGAACGAAGGCAUGGAGGAGGAGGGCGAGGAGGGGAGGGAGCAAGGGGAAGUAAUGGAGGAGGAGGAGGAUGAAGAAGGUGAGAGGUUAGAGGAGGAGGAGUUCUCUGAGUACAACGAGGGGCAGCCUGAGGAGGAAGAAGAAGAGGAGGAGAGGGCGGACACAACAGUUGGAGGAGAAGAUGAUGACAUGGGAAUGGAUGAGGAGGAUGAGGAAGAUGAGGAUGAAGAGGAGGAAGAAGAUGAGGAGCAUCAUCAUCAGCAGGAGGUAGACUACCAGCCUAGUGGACAAUCAAAGCUUAUUGCUGUCCAUAAGGACAACAACAACAACAGUUGCACCCCCGGCCCUGGUCCUGGUCCAGCUCCCGGUCCCGUACUAGGUCCCUGUGAGGACUAUGAGAACUAUGACGAACUGGUAGCCAAGUCUCUGCUCAAUCUGGGCAAGAUCGCUGAAGACGCUGCCUACCAGGCCAUGACUGAGUCAGAGAUGAACAGCAACUCUUCCAACAGUGGCGGCGAGGACGAAGAUGAGGACGACGCCAGCGAGCAGGGAGACAGGAAGGGCGAUCUCAGUGUGGAUCUGGACAGCGAUGUUGUGAGGGAGACAGUGGACUCGCUCAAGCUUCUGGCACAGGGCCACGGCGCCAUGUUGCCCGAGGACAACUACCCUGAAGGUGCCCUAAUGGACGGCGGCCACGUCAACGGGCGGCCCGGCGUGGGCGGAGUCCAGGCGGAGGAAAGCGAGGAGGAGGUGUGUCUCAGCAGUCUGGAGUGUUUGAGGAAUCAGUGCUUUGAUUUGGCUCGCAAACUCAACGAGACACACCCAUCUGACCGGCCCGUCCUCCACCACCACCUCCACAACCCUGUGGACCAGCAGGGGGCACUUCACCUCAGCAGGUACGACACCCUCCAGCAGGGAUUGCAGGAGGAUUCCAGGCCUGCGGAGCGCAGCUUCUCCGACAUGGUGAACCUGAUGAAGCUGGAGGAGCAGCUGAGCCCGGCGUCUCGAGGUUAUCCGACCAGCUGCAGCCAGGAGGGCGACGAAGACACCACGUCCGUCGCAUCCGACCGCUCGGACGACACCUUCGACAUGGCCAAGGGCAAUCUGUCUCUGCUGGAGAAGGCCAUCGCCCUGGAAUCAGAGCGGGCCAAGGUCAUGAGGGACCGCAUGCUCUCAGAGCACAAGCAGCCCAGACGAGACCACCACCACCAUCAUCAUCACCACCAUCAUCAUCACCAUCGCGGCCAUGGCGAGCACAGCCCGAGGCUGAGCAGCGCCGGCGAAGAACGCAAGUCCAGGAUGCACCAUGAUGGCUUGAAGAGAGCGUUGUACCCUAAAGAAUCUUCCAGGGGGGAGAAGAAGGAGAGCAAGUGCCCGACACCGGGUUGUGACGGGACAGGUCAUGUGACCGGUCUGUACCCGCACCACCGCAGCCUCUCUGGGUGUCCUCACAAGGACCGUGUCCCGCCUGAGAUCCUUGCCAUGUAUGAAAAUGUUUUAAAGUGCCCCACUCCCGGCUGCUCUGGACGCGGCCAUGUCAAUAGCAACAGGAACUCGCACCGCAGUCUUUCGGGUUGCCCCAUCGCUGCUGCAGAGAAGAUGGCCAAAGUGCACGAGAAGAUUCACCCGAUUGACAGCGGCAGCAAAUCCAAUCAGACGUCAGACCGUGUGCUCAGGCCCAUGUGUUUCGUCAAGCAGCUCGAGAUUCCUCAGUACGGAUACAAGAACAACGUUCCCACCAGCACGCCGCGCUCCAACCUAGCCAAGGAGCUGGAAAAAUACUCCAAGACCAGCUACGACUAUGGCGCCUACGAGAGCCAGCAUGGAGCCUACGGAAAGAGAGGAAUGCUGAGCAAGUCCCACCACAGCCGCGACACCUCCCCCAAGGGAUAUGAAGCCAAGCGCUACAGUAAGACGUCGAGCCCGGCCAGCAGCACCACCAGCAGCUACGCUCCCAGCAGCAGCAGCAGUCUGAGCUGCGGAGGCGGGGCUGGCGGCGGCGGGGGCGGGAGCAGUGCCAGCAGCACCUGCAGCAAGAGCAGCUUCGACUACACACACGACAUGGAGGCGGCACACAUGGCCGCCACUGCCAUUCUCAACCUGUCCACCAGGUGUCGCGAGCUGCCGCACGCUCUGGGAGGGAAACCCCACGACAUGCUGACUCAGAGCGAAGUGGGUGACCUGGAUGACAGUGACGGGGUAGACGUGGGAGGGCAGCCCGGUGGACCAGAGGGUAGCGGGACGGUGCUGACCCCCCUGCAGCCCAUGUCCCCCCAGCGCCAGGCCCUGCUCAACAGCCACCGCUACCAGCUGAGCGAGUCGGACUGCUGGGACCUCCCUGUGGACUACACUAAGAUCAAACGUGUGGACGAUGAGCACGACCACAAGGAGUCGUCUUAUUUGUGGUCCCUACACCAGGGCGACGAGCUGGACUCCUUCCAGGAGCUGCUGGACGAGCAGCGCUACCCGGCCCAGGUGACCAUGCCUAGCCCUAAACACCACAAGUACCCCCCCUGCAAGGAGGCCAAGAAGGAGCUCCUCACGCUGUCCAGCUGCCAGCUGGCUGACAAGAACCUGCGAGGGAUGAUGGCCUCCAACUCACAAGACCUGAAGUGUCCCACCCCCGGCUGUGACGGAUCUGGACACAUCACGGGAAACUACGCCUCCCACAGGAGCUUGUCAGGUUGUCCUCGAGCUAAGAAGAGCGGCAUCAAAAUCCUCCACAGCAAAGAAGAUAAAGACGAGCAGGAACCUAUCAAGUGUCCUGUCCCAGGCUGUGAUGGACAGGGUCAUGUGACAGGGAAGUACGCCUCCCACCGCAGCGCUUCUGGCUGCCCCCUGGCGGCCAAAAGGCAGAAGGACAGCUACGUGAAUGGCACGCAGUUUGCCUGGAAGUCGGGCAAGACGGACGGCAUGACGUGUCCUACUCCGGGCUGCGACGGCUCGGGACACGUCAGUGGGAGCUUCCUGACCCACCGGAGUCUCUCCGGCUGUCCCCGGGCCACCUCAGCCAUGAAGAAGGCGAGGAUGAGCGGCACGGACAUGCUGACAAUCAAGCAAAGAGCCAGCAAAGGCAUCGAAAACGACGAAGAGAUUAAGCAGCUGGACGAAGACAUCAAAGAUCUCAACGAGUCCAACAAUCAAGUGGAGUCAGACAUGAUAAAACUGAGGACUCAGAUCACCACCAUGGAGAGCAGCCUGAAGUCCAUGGAGGAAGAGAACAAAGUGAUGGAACAACAAAAUGACUCGUUGCUGCACGAGCUGGCCAAUCUGAGCCAGUCCCUCAUCAACAGCCUCGCCAACAUCCAGCUGCCUCACAUGAGACUGCUGCCAGAGAAAGAGCAGAACUGCUGUUUGCAGAGUCCUGCCACAGAGCCAAUGAAUGAACAGAACUUUGACACGUACGUGAGCACGCUGACAGACAUGUACACCCACCAGGAGCAGUACCAGAGCCCGGAGAACAAGGCGCUGCUGGAGAACAUCAGGCAGGCCGUACAGGGCAUCCAAGUGUAGCCGACAGCAAGCACACAUGCAAACACUCGACGCGGCCGUUCUUUUCCUGCUGCUGUAAUCUAGCGUCACGCUCGCGCCGCCAUCACACCUCUUCUUUUUAUCGCCAACAUCACACUUUUCUACAUUUUCAUACGACCUGAUACAAUGUGACGUCCAGCUGCUGUCGAAGCUGGGCUGGGCUGCUGGGCGUGAGGAGCAAUCAAAGCUGGAGGUGACCUCAUGAGGAGAAACAUCAUGACACGGAAACACGCUGGUGCAACAGUGCUCUUAGCGGGUGUGAGGGAGGAGACAAUCUUAAUGGGCAGAGAGGACGGCGAUAUUGGCAUGAUCACAUUUGGAUAUCACGUGAACGAACAAAAAGGUUUUGGGUAUAUGCAAUUUCUUAUCGAUUCUACGAGCAGAGGGGUGAUUUUUACUGCGUUUUGUAUCGAUCUUUUACUACAAUCAUGUCUGAGCUGAAAGGACACUUUGCACGUUUGUUUCCAUGUUUUGAUGUUUUAAUUGCGGCUCGGCGGGAUAACGCACGCGCGCGUGCGCACGUCGAUGUCGUUUCCUUGACGACGGCUUACAGGGUCAAACGUUUUCACGGGGUGUCAUUGUACAUUUGCACUGGUCAUGUGCGUCCGCUCAUCGAGCCUCUUUUUUGCUAGCAGACUUUGUUUUUUUUUUUCUCACAUGCAUGCACUUUAUCGGCAUUUGUCGGACUAUAAACACUUAGACUCGACACUGGUGACCUCUGCAUCACAGCAGAUCGAGAAGUGAGAGGACCGUUCCACCCGAUCGCUGCCAUUUGCUUGUUGGAACGCUUCGACUUCAAUUUCCCUUUUUUUUUACAACUCUAAAUCUGAUAAAACACACGUUGAACUACUCAGAAUGUGUGUAACUUUAUUCCAUGUUUCUAUACUGUCGUUUCCUGAGCCAAGAUGACUUAGCAAAUACAUGACAUUUAUGCUAAUAGCAUGUGGACACGGAGCACAUUACAGUGAUUCAGCAAAAAAUGUGUUGUAAAAAUGAACAAACAACAUAAAAAAGAAUUUAGGCAACAGGGAUGUGCUGUGGAAUAUACCGAAAAAUAAACAAGUCAUCUUACUUUUGGCCAUAAAGCCUGCAGAGGAUGAGUGAUGGAACUUCCUGUGGAUCAUGUGACCUGGUGAAUAUUCCACAUUUUUCAUAGGGGGCGGUGUGUUCGAGUAGGGGUGUCCAAAGUGCGGCCCGGGGGCCAGUUGUGGCCGGCAGCUGUUUUUUUGUAAUUGGCACACAUCAUCACAUCCUAAUAUAAUUUAACAAGAAAACUUCAAAAAAAAAAAACCAGCAACAAUUAAAUAAAGUCAAAAUAUUAAGAGAAAAAAGUUGCAAUCUAGCGAGAAAAGGUGGUAAUUUUACCAGAAUAACAUCAUAAUAUUAUGAGGGAAAUUAUUUUCAUUCAAAUCAUCACUUUAGUGGCAUAAAGUUGAAAUAUGUAAAUUGAUUUGGGGAAAAAGUUGCAAUGUUAUGGGAAUAAAGUCCAAAUAUUGUGGGAAUAAAGUCAAAAUAUUAUGAGAAGAAAAUGUACGAAGAUUAUGUGAGAAAAAGGUUGAAAUAUUUUUAAAAAAAUUAAAAAGCUCUAAAAUAUAAAGUCAAAAUAUUCAGAGAAAAAAGACCUAUUCUAUCGACAAAAAAAGUUGCCAUUUUACGUGAAUAAACUUAUGGGAAAAUAUGUCAUUUUAAUAGCUAAGAGUUUUUUAAAAGUCGUAAUAUGAGAAACAAAAUAAAGUUUUCAUUUUCGGGAAAUUAGGUUAAUAAAUAAAAUAAAUAUAAAUGAAUAAAAUAAAUCCACAUAUAAGAAUAAGUCAUAAUUAGAGAAGAAAAUCUAUGAAGAUUUGAGAAGAAAGUUGAAAUAUUUGUAAAGGAAAAAUGGGGAAAAAAGGCGAAGUUGUGACUAAUAAUUGGCUUUCUCACUUGUAUGACAAAGCUGAGUUGCAGUUUUUUCUUGAAAUUUAUAUACAGUAACUUCUUAGCAUAUCUACAUGUGUGGCUUUACAAAAUAUCAAAGUGUCCAAGUUACAUCCUUUAUUUGUCCCUCUGUGGACACGUCUGUGGAAGUCACAGGACUGAGUGGAAACCCAGGGGCACCACCACCAAGUGGGAAUUUUAACUCAAUUGUUUUAUUGUUUUUUUUUUUUUAAGAAAAUCAACUUCAAGUAUAGUUGGGAUACAAAUAUGUAAAAAAAAAAUAUAUAUAUAUAUAUAUAUGUAACGUUUUUGAAGAUUUUAAAUUAUUUUAUUUCCUUGUAAAGUCUAAUUUUAGGAAUUGGGGACAGGCAUCAAAUGGCGUCAAUUUGUAUUGUUAUUUGUAUUCAUGAAAUAUGCAAUCCUAUUAACAGUUAAACAGUACAUUUUAUUUGGCAUUUACGCAUUUUAUUUCCUGGGGACGCAAAUGGCACGGAUUCGGUGGAAUGGGCCGAAAAGGAAAACUCUGCCUCCGAACAGUGUUUGCUUUAAAACGACAGGAACAACCCUUGAAAAUGUGGUUUUCCCCCCAGAAAUACUUGAAAUGACGGAUAUAAAACAUCCCGAAUUAACCCAUAAGAAUCCAGAGCCAUCCAAAGUCAAAUGAUGGUGGAUAUAACACAUGCUCAAAUACUAAUUGAUGUUACAUUCUUCAUGCUAAAUAUCUUCCUUUUGUUGAAAACAACUCACAUUUUUACCAUAAUUUGUAUUGAACCGAGAACAUAUGUUGAUUAAAAAUCGUCCAACACGUAACAUUUACUGUAUUGAGUGUCUUAUUAGCAUUUUUCAUGACCGAUUUUCCUAGCUUGCUUUCUGUGAAGUCACUGAAGAAAUCUCGUUGAAUUGCACCGUUGGACACCCUAUGAAAGCAUGAGGACACAUGACAAGUACUCCCACGUGUUUCCUAAACGUCACUUUGGGACCGGAUGAGUUCGAGUCCAGCACAAAAACCGGAAAGGGCACGUUUUAGCAGAUUGAAAGUGGCUUCUUAUGGGUUAAAUCAAGUCCAAUCCCUUGAUGAAACUUUAGGACAGAGCGUUUUCCUUCGAAGUGUUUGCUUUGUGUUGGCUUCACUGAGCGCCGUCACAUGACAAGGUUUUCGUGUCUGCAUCUCCUGCAUGAGACGGAAGACAGCUUGCAUUGAUUUCCUGACGCGAAUGUGACAGGAGAUGGACUUAAAGCACAACGGAGAGUCAGCUGAUAGACUAGAUGUUAUCAUCAUAUGUAAAAAGCAUCUCAACACUAACGUGUCAUAUGAAUAUUUGUGAAAUGAGCAAUUUCUUUCCAGGAGUGCAUUAAAAAGACUUUUUAUGCAUCCACUCCUUUUUUUUCCCUUUGUUACUUGGAAGCAUCCAGCUACUUUUCUAACCACUCAGCAUGACUUUAGUUGGUAUCUCUGCUCUUUGUUGACAUCAUCGUGCUAUUUUCAUUUGACUUGUGGACUUUGUACAUUUUCUAUCAUGAUGGUGUUGGCAUCUCUUGCUCGGAAUAAAUCUUGUGUUGCAACUCU